AUGCGGGUAAUAUAUCCCAUCCUACCAUUUGCACUGUUCGGAAUAGCAUCAGUGGAGCCACUCAACGAUCCUCAAAUUAGUAACGAUGCGAACGGAACAGACCCAAAAGUCGCUGCGGACGUCUUCUCGAUCACCAGUCUGUUCAACUUCGAGGAGUGGAGGUCUCAAGGGAAUAAUAUCCGACUAGGAAACCGAGUACAAUGCUUCACCAAGCUGUCGAUGGCUCUUUCGAACGUCGGACCCAUCUACCAGGCGGGGACUGCCGGAUCUGCAGGUGCCUUGAGUCUAUUACCGACGGCUGGAGCACUCAUUGGCGCACCAGCGAAGGAGCUAUGGAUACUCUAUAAGAUCAUGCCCCUUGCUGGUGUUUUUGCCAUGAUGCUAUCUCUAGGUGGGAACAUCGUCCCAGAUCUCUCUUCAGAUUAUGAGCAGGAUGGUUUCACAUACGGUGGCUGGAUCGCAACUACAAGCAAUGGUGAUCUACACGAGCCAGUCAAACCUAUACCCAUGAACGAGACAAAUGCCACAACGUUUGCAGACAUGGUUGAGGCCCGCGCGCAUGACCCGUUAGGCAAUAGUAAACGGCUCUUGACUGCCUUUGGCAUGUUCUGUCAGCUCUUCUGGAUCGGCAUCAUCAUAUUUGCUUGUUGGUUUACGGGGAUAGGGGGAAUAGUCUCCUGGUGGUGCUCGUUUUCCGGCUGGAUGUUAGGCUGGUACAUGGUCGUUGCCCUCUCCUCUCUUUUUGCAAAUUUCGCUGGCAUACCUUUUACCCGACAAUGGACGAUACGGGUAUCCAAGGCACCGGGUUCGAUCCGUAUUAGUGAUGAUGCGCCUGCCCUGUUUCCGCUUGAAAAAACAACGGCUGAUACCCAAGGGGAGGGAAGUGAAGUUGUGGCCAAGGCGAAGCAAGCAAUGCGGCCCUUGUGGUCGGUUACGCACCAGGAUAGUCACGAUACAUCAUCUACAGCAGCUACAAUGGAAGACCCUAAACUGUUCCAGAGACCUCCCCUUAUUACUCGUCAGUCCCGGCUGCUCGACAACCUGGGCCGGCACGGGUUUAACACAGUUGGAUACGUCACGAUGGAUCCGUCUCAGCCCUUUGCCGUACCACGACAGGCAUUUAUGGUCAUCAUAUCCGUCUCUGGGACUAGCCACGGCCAUGCGGCUUUACGGGUAAUUUCCAAGGCCAUCUCUGUCGGGGUUUUUGCGGCCGGAACCGCAACAUUUGCGUCGUCAACCUUGAUCACGAUCUCCGUUGCACUGACAACCCUCUGCCUUGUUCUCGGAGCAGGUAUUUUCGGUCGAGUAGCGUCUAUGUGGAUAGCCUCACAGCUGAUGAAAGAACACCCCGUACUUCAUCGGGUGGUUCACACCGAGGACGACGCAGAGAAAUUUAUUUAUCAUAUUCUGACGAAGCAGGGACUGACGUGUGAACUCCUGGGCCACGUCUUUAUCAACGGCCGCUGUGUCCGGAGAUACAGUCGCUGGUUCAACUGGAGUAAUGUUUUUGGGAUCCUUGCACCGCCAUACAGCAUUGAGAAACUGAUUUCCAAAUAUUGA